AUGUUUGAGGGCAAAAAGACGAAAAACAUGUUCCUCACACGAGCUUUGGAGAAGAUUCUGGCCGACAAGGAGGUGAAAAAAGCUCACCAUUCCCAGCUGCGUAAGGCCUGCGAGGUAGCUCUGGAGGAAAUCAAAGAGGAAUCUGACAAAUUGAGUCCACCCAGUGGAGACGGCAAAUCGGGUUCCAGUACUUUACCACCAAUCAAGUCGAAGACCAAUUUCAUUGAAGCUGACAAGUACUUCUUGCCGUUUGAGCUAGCAUGUCAGUCCAAAUGUCCCCGUAUCGUAAUCACCUCACUCGACUGUUUACAGAAGCUGAUAGCCUAUGGCCACCUGACAGGCAGCGCCCCGGACAGCACAGCCCCAGGCAAAAAGCUCAUCGACAGAAUCAUCGAGACCAUCUGCGCUUGUUUUCAAGGACCACAGACUGAUGAGGGCGUGCAGCUACAGAUUAUUAAGGCUCUGUUGACAGCAGUGACGUCCCAGCACAUCGAAAUCCAUGAGGGCACUGUCUUGCAGGCAGUCCGCACAUGUUACAACAUCUACCUUGCCAGCAAGAACCUCAUCAACCAAACCACAGCGAAGGCCACACUCACACAGAUGCUCAACGUCAUCUUUGCACGCAUGGAGAAUCAAGCACUUACAAAUCACAAGCUAUCUUGGUCUCUGGCCUCCAGAAAGCGUGACCGCCAGCUGCAGGAAGCAAAGCAGCUGGAGAGAGAACGACACCGGCAGCACUCUCCGGUCAUCCAGCGCACUGAGCCCAACUCCCCCCAACUGCAGACUCCCAUCCACCCGCUAGCCAAGGGUGCGACCCCAGAGGCCAACGGUCCUGUCAGCCCUCCAACUCCCAGUGUCACCAUCCCAUCUACUCCAUCCACACCCUCUACAUCAGCCACAGAGGCCAGCAAUAGGUGUUUGCCCGAGGAACAGGAGGACCAGGUAGUGCAGCGGUCUGUCUACGAGAGCCCAGAUCCAGAAAAUGGUUCCAAUUUCUGUGAGGUUGAGAACGAACAGACUGAAGCAGAUCAGGCCACUGCAGCAGCACAGAAUGCAGCAGCCCAGCAGCAUCCGGAGGAAGGUGAGGAGUCAUAUGUAGAGACUCCAAACUAUGAGGAAAAAGCUCAGGAAAUCGUCCAGAGUAUUCUGCAGGAUGUGGUCAAUACUGUCGCAGGAGGGCACUGUCUGGACCCCACAAACCUGUGUUCUGACACCAAGGAGUCCAUUGGUGAGGGCGAGCCUGUGGAGUCGGCUACGACUGAAGCAGUAACGGAGGGCACCCAGAGCUCCCUGGAAGAUGAGGGCACACUGGGCAGUGACAGUGAACAUGUCCAUGCUAAUGGCAUCCCGGGCACACCCAUUUCUGCCAGCUUUACCCCUUCCCUGCCUGAUGACAGACUCUCUGUCUCAUCUACUGACACUCAGGAAUCGGGAGCAGCACCAGGCCAACCGCCAGGUGCUAAAUUCUCCCACAUUCUCCAGAAAGAUGCCUUCCUCGUCUUUCGCUCACUCUGCAAGCUGUCAAUGAAGCCGUUGUCAGAUGGACCACCUGAUCCAAAGUCCCAUGAACUGCGCUCUAAGGUCCUGUCUCUCCAGCUGCUGCUGUCCAUCCUGCAGAACGCAGGGCCCAUCUUUAAAACCAAUGAGAUGUUCAUCAAUGCUAUCAAGCAGUACCUCUGUGUAGCCUUGUCCAAGAAUGGCGUUUCCUCUGUGCCUGAGGUCUUCGAGCUCUCACUUUCCAUUUUUCUCACCCUGCUAUCCCACUUCAAGACACACCUUAAAAUGCAAAUUGAGGUCUUCUUCAAGGAGAUUUUCCUGUAUAUUCUUGAGACGUCCACAAGUUCCUACCAUCACAAGUGGAUGGUCAUACAAACUCUUACUAGAAUAUGUGCAGAUGCCCAGAGUGUGGUGGAUAUCUACGUCAACUAUGAUUGUGACUUGAAUGCUGCUAACAUAUUUGAGAGGUUGGUUAAUGACCUCUCAAAAAUUGCACAGGGUCGUGGAGGCCAUGAGCUCGGCACAACACCCCAGCAGGAGCUAACCCUGAGAAAGAAAGGUCUUGAAUGUCUCGUAUCCAUCUUGAAAUGUAUGGUUGAAUGGAGUAAAGACCAGUAUGUCAACCCCAACUCCCAGACCAGCCUUGGUCAAGAAAAGCCAUCAGAGCAGGAAAACACUGAGCCCAAAGCUCCUGAGACCAUAAACCGCUAUGGUAGUAUUAACUCGCUGGACUCCACAGCUUCGUCUGGUAUCGGCAGCUACAGCACUCAGAUGUCGGGCACUGACAACCCAGAGCAAUUUGAGGUCCUCAAACAGCAAAAAGAGAUCAUCGAACAGGGCAUUGACCUUUUCAACAAGAAACCAAAGCGAGGAAUCCAGUACCUUCAAGAGCAAGGCAUGCUGGGUACAACUCCAGAGGACCUUGCUCAGUUCCUGCACCAGGAAGAGAGACUUGAUUCGACUCAAGUUGGAGAGUUCCUUGGGGACAAUGACCGUUUCAACAAAGAGGUGAUGUACGCCUACGUGGACCAAAUGGAUUUCCAGGGCAAAGACUUUGUGUCUGCAUUAAGAAUGUUUCUGGAGGGCUUUCGGCUCCCCGGAGAGGCCCAGAAGAUUGAUCGACUCAUGGAAAAAUUUGCAGCAAGAUAUCUGGAAUGCAAUCAGGGACAAACGCUCUUUGCCAGUGCUGACACCGCGUAUGUCCUUGCCUACUCCAUCAUUAUGUUGACAACGGAUCUUCACAGUCCACAGGUGAAGAAUAAAAUGACAAAAGAGCAAUACAUCAAGAUGAACCGAGGCAUCAAUGACAGCAAAGAUCUACCUGAGGAAUAUCUCUCAGCCAUCUAUGAUGAGAUUGCGGGGAAAAAGAUCGCCAUGAAGGAAACGAAAGAGCUCACCAUCAAAUCCAAUAAGCAGAGUGUUGCCAGUGAGAAGCAGAGGCGUCUCCUCUAUAAUGUGGAGAUGGAACAGAUGGCCAAGACGGCUAAAGCUCUGAUGGAGGCAGUCAGCCACGUUCAGGCUCCCUUCACCAGCGCCACGCACCUGGAGCAUGUCAGACCCAUGUUCAAGCUGGCGUGGACGCCCUUCCUGGCCGCUUUCAGCGUGGGUCUUCAGGACUGUGACGACACUGAGGUGGCCUCACUAUGCCUCGAGGGAAUUCGUUGCGCCAUCAGGAUAGCUUGCAUUUUCUCCAUACAGUUGGAGAGAGAUGCCUACGUGCAGGCCCUGGCCAGGUUCACCCUGCUGACCGCCAGCUCUGGCAUUUCAGAAAUGAAGCAGAAGAACAUAGACACCAUCAAGACCCUAAUCACUGUGGCUCACACUGAUGGAAACUACUUGGGAAACUCUUGGCAUGAGAUCAUGAAGUGCAUCAGCCAGCUGGAGCUCGCUCAGUUGAUUGGUACAGGAGUAAAGGCGCGCUACAUUUCAGGGACAGUGCGGGGAAAAGAGGGCUUCGUUGCAAGUACAAAAGAGCAGAAUAACGACGAGUACCUGGGUCUAGUUGGAGGGACAGUGGACCGUAAGCAGAUCGCCAGCAUCCAGGAGUCCAUUGGAGAGACCAGCUCUCAGAGUGUGGUGGUGGCUGUAGACAGGAUAUUCACAGGUUCGACAAGACUUGAUGGUAAUGCAAUAGUUGACUUUGUGCGCUGGCUGUGUGCUGUGUCCAUGGAUGAGCUGGCCUCACCUACACACCCACGCAUGUUCAGCCUACAAAAAAUAGUUGAGAUCUCCUACUACAACAUGGGACGCAUCAGACUACAGUGGUCCAGGAUCUGGGAGGUCAUUGGUGAUCAUUUCAACAAGGUUGGCUGUAAUUCAAAUGAAGACGUUGCCAUUUUUGCAGUGGAUUCUCUCAGGCAACUAUCCAUGAAGUUUUUAGAGAAAGGAGAGUUGGCAAACUUCAGAUUCCAAAAGGAUUUUCUGAGACCUUUUGAGCACAUCAUGAAAAAGAACAGGUCUCCCACCAUAAGGGACAUGGUGGUACGUUGUAUAGCUCAGAUGGUGAACUCCCAGGCUGCCAACAUCCGCUCUGGCUGGAAGAACAUCUUCUCCGUUUUCCACCUGGCUGCUUCUGACCAGGAUGAGAGCAUUGUCGAGUUGGCCUUCCAGACCACCGGCCACAUCGUCACAAAUGUAUUUGAAAAGCACUUUGCUGCCACCAUCGACUCCUUCCAGGAUGCUGUAAAGUGUUUGUCCGAGUUUGCCUGUAAUGCUUCCUUCCCAGACACCAGUAUGGAAGCCAUCCGCCUGAUCCGACACUGCGCCAAAUAUGUCUCUGAGAGACCACAGGCAUUCAAGGACUACACCAGUGAUGACAUGAAUGUAGCAACUGAAGAUCGUGUGUGGGUGCGGGGGUGGUUCCCUAUUCUCUUUGAACUUUCCUGCAUCAUCAACCGGUGUAAACUGGAUGUCAGGACCAGGGGGCUGACAGUAAUGUUUGAAGUGAUGAAGACCUACGGGCACACCUUUGAGAAGCACUGGUGGCAGGAUCUGUUCAGGAUUGUAUUCAGGAUCUUUGACAACAUGAAGCUUCCUGAGCAGCAGACUGAGAAAGCAGAGUGGAUGACCACCACCUGCAACCACGCACUUUAUGCCAUCUGUGAUGUCUUUACCCAGUACUUUGAGUCCCUCAGUGAUGUCCUGUUGGAUGACAUUCUGUCUCAGCUGUACUGGUGUGUUCAGCAAGACAAUGAGCAGCUCGCCCGUUCAGGCACCAACUGUUUAGAGAAUGUGGUCAUCCUGAAUGGAGAGAAGUUCUCCCCAGAGACGUGGGAUAAGACAUGUAACUGCAUGCUGGACAUCUUUAAGACUACCAUCCCACACACGCUACUAACGUGGAGAGCAGCAGGAGCCGAGGGAGAAUGCUUAACAGCACAGAGUCUGUCAGACAAACAACUGGACUCCAUUUCCCAGAAAUCCGUAGACAUCCAGUCUCGCUCUGAGGAUCAGAUUUCCAUCAGCACUAGUGACACGGUUGCCAUGGAGAACCGUCGCCAGAGCCAGUACAGCAUGUGUGACGACAACUCCAGUAGCAGAACCCCAACCAAGAACCAAGAGCAAUGCUUAUUCUCAGCUUUACUGAUAAAGUGUGUGGUACAGCUGGAGCUGAUCCAGACAAUCGAUAAUAUUGUCUUCUUUCCUGCCACCAGUAAGAAAGAAGAUGCAGAGAACUUUGCUGCUGCUCAGCGGGAUGCUGUCUUUGAGGCAGAUGUCACUGUGGACGCUCGGGACCAGGGCAUGUAUCGUUACCUGACCUCUGAGCAGCUCUUCAAAUUGCUGGACUGCCUGUUGGAAUCGCACUGCUUCGCCAAGGCUUUCAACUCCAACAACAACCAAAGGACCCUACUCUGGAAAGCAGGUUUCAAAGGAAAGUCAAAGCCCAACCUGUUGAAGCAGGAGACCAGUAGCCUGGCAUGUGGACUGCGAAUCCUGUUUCGUAUGUACACAGACGACAGCCGCCGGGAUGCUUGGGAGGAGGUCCAGAGACGACUGCUCAAUGUGUGCAGUGAAGCUGUAGCAUACUUCUUGGCUCUGACCUCAGAGAGCCACAGAGAGGCGUGGACCAACCUGCUGCUGCUCUUCCUAACCAAGGUGCUAAAGAUCAGUGAUGAACGGUUUAAGGCUCACGCGUCCAGGUACUACCCUCUGCUGUGUGACAUCAUGCAGUUCGACCUGAUUCCUGAGCUCCGGGCUGUUUUACGAAAGUUUUACUUGCGCAUCGGACUGGUCUUUCACAUUGCACAGUUGACUGAGCGUCAGCCAGCACAUGGUGAGCUGGAAACUGACACGGAGUUGGGGGAGGAGGCUGGGGAGGAGGCCCAGUGAUGCUGUAGCAGCAUCAGCGGGGACGCCUCCAUCUCAGAUUUGUAUUGUGUUGCUCUGUAUCGCCUCAGGGCCCAACCAGUGGUUUAUGCUUGACAUGUACGACUAUCAGUCAGCUGUCCACAAACACCCGCCUGCACCCCGUGACCUCAUCAGCUCACAAACAUACUCAUAAUGAUAAAAGGUUUAAUGAACUGCAGACACUUACCACACCCACAUCCUAGACUCAUUCAGAAGGAACGUGUUUCAAAAACUGUGCUUCUUACUGUAUAUUUAAACCUUAACGAAUGAAUGAUUUCAAUAAGAUGCAAAAAGACAUUCAGUAAAAAUGACGUAUGAUGUCUGUCAUUAAUGACAGUAAUUUUUUGUUUGUUUGUUUGACUGUUUGUUUUUAUUUUAUUUUUCCUGCACCACACAUGGUAUCAUUAGUAUAGACGACCUCCUGGAUGAAACUAAAUGUACAUAUCUGCCACUGUGUAAUAUAAUCUUAUAACACUAGUGCUUGUUAAUUUUUUUUCCUCCCCCUCUUCUGAAUUUGUUGCACUUGACCUCUUUGUUUGGAUGCACUGGAGAUUUUAAUUUUGUGAUAAUUUAUUCGACUGUACCCUCUCAUGCAGAAACAGUAUGAUUUGUAACUGAACACAUGGAAAGUGAAGGGUUAAAUUAUUGCGUUUUAUAUGUUCCUUCGGUUUUUAACUGCAAUAGCUGGCAACUGGAAGAGAAGAAAGUGAUGUGAUGCUGCAGCUUCUUUUGAGUCUUUUCUUAUGUUUGAGUUUAGUUUUCACCCGUGUAUGAAAUCAAGUUAAUAUAUUUAACAUUUUUUGUUUGUUUGUGUUCUUUACUUUUGGGGGAAAGUUGUAUGUAUAGGGAGGAUGAAACUUGUUAGCUGUACUUUAAGUAUGAAUGGGAUACAUUCCUGCUCAUGGAUGUAGAAAACAAAAUGUAUAUGAUACAGCAAUGUAAAGUUUUCUAUGUUGCAAAAAAAGAUUAUGUACAACUUUCUGUACAAUACAUUGUCUGGCAUUCUAAUCAGGUUCUAGGUCAAUAAAGUUUUGGAACUUGGUUGAUUUGA